CCAAGAGGAAAGUUCCAGGCGUUGAACUCAAAGUUCCAUCGUGAAUCUACGAACCCUAAUUUCUGUAUUUAUAAUCGACGUUCCAAAAUUGUUUCCACCAUUUUUCUACUUUCCCCAAAACACACGCGGUGUCGACCAAAUUUAGUCAUCUUUUUUAGAGGGAGAAACUCCGGUUACAAACAUCAUUCCCUUCUUAUUUCCUACCCUCCUCCUCCUACCAUUUUUUUUCCUCCUUCAUUUUCAGGCUUCCAUUAUAGAUGGGUGAUCACUUGGUUCUGGAUGUGAAUCGACCCAUUAAAAGAAGCGAGGAGAUGGCGGGCCCCUCAUCUUCCAACACAGUAGCUGUUGUACCGGAAGAAAAUGGGGGUUCGUAUGAUGAGGAAGCACCUCUAUUGACAAUGGCAGAGUGUCGUAUUUGCCAGGAGGAAGAUUCCAUUGAUUCUUUGGAGACACCCUGCGCUUGCAAUGGCAGUCUUAAGUACGCUCACAGGAAGUGUGUUCAACACUGGUGCAAUGAAAAGGGUGAUAUAACUUGUGAGAUAUGCCAUCAGCCUUACCAACCUGGCUAUGUUGCACCUCCUCCCCGCCCCUGCUUGGAAGAGACCACCAUAGACAUUGGGGGAGCAUGGCAAAUUUCAGAAGCUGAACGGCAAUAUCUGGAAGCUGAGUAUGACGAUUAUAAUGCGACAAAUGCCAGCGGAGCUGCAUUUUGCCGAUCAGCUGUUUUAAUUUUGAUGGCUCUUCUGCUGCUUCGACAUGCAUCAUCUGUACCAGAUUCUGAAGGAGAUGGAGAUGGAGACGAAGAUGCAUCUACGUUCUUAACUCUUUUCUUGCUUCGGGUUGCUGGAUUUCUUCUGCCCUGCUACAUCAUGGUGUGGGCCAUCAGCAUUUUGCAGCGUCGAAGGCAAAGACAGGAGGCGGCGGCAUUGGCGGCAGCACAAUUUGCUUUCGUGUUGCAAGCAGGACAAAGAAGAGGGUUACACUUCACGGUGGCGUCUUUGGGACCUGCACCAGCCGCACAAGCACCGGCACCAGCCGCACAAGCACCGGCACCAGCACCCACUGUGACUCCAACUGCAGCUCCACAAGAUGAAAAUGUUUAAAUGGCGGAGGAAGGAAAAGGAAAUUUUUUUUUUUUGGUUUUUUAAGAAAAUUUUGUUUUAGUUUUUCUCAUGGCAUCUCAGAUUUAUUAUUGUCAAAUAAUCACCCAAACGUGUUGUUAUGUUGUUAAUGUGCCAUUCGACAAUUGACCAUUCUUCAUC